GGGAAGCUAUCCCGGCGGGCUGCGCGCGCGGCCGCGUUUGAAUGGCUCGGAGUGGGGCACGGCCCGGGAGCCGAGGGACGUCCUGGGCUGCCGGGCGUAGUUGGUUAGUCCCGGGGCUGGGCUGGGGCGCCGCGCUACCAUGAGGCGCCGGUAUUUAAGAGAUUAUGGCAUCUGAAGCCCACAAUGUUAAAAAACGAGCCUUUUGUAAUAAUAUUGAGGAUCAUUCCACUGAUCUUCCUAGAAAAAGGAUCUCUAAUUUUACUAAUAAGAACAUGAAGGAGGUUAAGAAAUCUCCAAAACAGUUGGCUGCUUACAUAAAUAGAACAGUUGGACAAGCUGUGAAAAGCCCAGAUAAACUACGUAAGGUGAUCUAUCGCAGAAAGAAAGUGCAUCAUCCCUUUCUAAAUCCUUGUUACAGAAAAAAACAGUCCCCUAGAACUGGGGGCUGUGACAUGGCAAAUAAAGAAAAUGAACUGGCUUGUACAGGCCACUUGCCUGAAAAAUUACGCCAUGAUAGUCGAACAUAUUUGGUUAACUCCAGUGAUUCUGGUUCUUCACAAACAGAAAGCCCAUCAUCAAAAUAUAGUGGGUUUUUUUCUGAGGUUUCUCAGGACCAUGAAACAAUGGCACAGGUUUUGUUCAGCAGGAAUUUGAGAUUGAAUGUAGCUUUAACAUUCUGGAGAAAGAGAAGUAUAAGUGAACUUGUAGCUUAUUUGGUGAGGAUAGAAGACCUUGGAGUUGUUGUGGAUUGCCUUCCUGUGCUCACCAAUAGUUUACAGGAAGAAAAACAAUACAUCUCACUUGGCUGCUGUGUAGAUUUGUUGCCUCUAGUAAAGUCCCUACUUAAAAGCAAAUUUGAAGAAUAUAUAAUAGUUGGUUUAAACUGGCUUCAAGCAGUCAUAAAAAGGUGGUGGUCAGAACUAUCAUCCAAAACAGAAAUUGUAAAUGAUGGAAAUAUUCAGAUUUUAAAACAACAAUUAAGUGGAUUAUGGGAACAGGAAAACCAUCUUACUUUGGUUCCAGGAUAUACUGGUAAUAUAGCCAAGGAUGUAGAUGCUUAUUUAUUACAGUUGAAUUGAGAGACUUCAUCUACUAAAGAGCAUUUGAUUAUUCAAAACGUCCCCAGACUAAGAUUUCAAGAACAAAAAAAAAGUCUCAUCUGAGAACUGUGAAUCGUGGAAGAAAUCAAAACCUUUUUUUUUUCUUUAAAAAGCCACAUAUGAAACCACUAAUGAAACCCUAACAAUCUACUUCACAUUGAAGUGGAAAAAUAUCCAAAAGGAGCGGCUUCAACUUCAAUGAGGUGAAAGUGCACUAUGAAGAUUGUUCGCCUUUGCUGCAUUCGGGAUUUAUAUGGUUAUUUGGUAACAUUGUUUAAGAACUACUGGGUCUUAAUGCAAUCCUACAUAAGAAUAUAAUUUAUACUAUGUCAAAAAGAAGACAGGACUUACUACUAGGAAUCACAAGGACCAAUCAUCGUGACUUUUUUGAAGAUUGUGUUUUAUAAGAAAACACUUAAAUGUGUGCAGCUAUUUUCUUAUUUUGAAGACUUUGCAAGUUUAAGAUGUCAUAGCAAAUAAUCAGUACUAAAAAUUUGUCCACACUGAGAUACUGUGUAUACAAAAUGCCUUAAUUAUUAAUAAGCCAAUGUGUAUGAUACCAAUACGUGUUUAAAAAAAUUAAAACCAACCAUGCUUCUGGCAUGAUAAAAUCAUGGAAUUACAUCAGGGGUUUCCACUCAUGUAGAAUGUUGUUGUUAAAAUUUAUUCCAUACCAUUUUUAAAACUUGAGGAUAUUUUUCGUAUCUCUGAAUUUUUUUUUUGCCAGAAUCAUUGUGUCAUGUAUGUAUGUGUUGUUUCUACAUAAAAGAAAAAGGUGAAUAUGUAUUUGUAUGAAUGCUUAACUAGAAAUGUCCAUGGAGUUGGCUAAUUUAUAUUCACUUUUUAUUGUAUAUAGAUUCCUAAUAUUUUCAGUUCUGUAUCAUUUAAGCUUUCUUCAUUUGAGUAAAUUCACUAAAUAUUUCUAUUUUUUGCUUUUUUAAUUCUGCUUUUAUAUCAGUUUAAUUCUUUUUCACUACCUAUGUUUUAAAGAAUUACAUACAGUGCUUUAGAAAUGUUUACAGUUAGUGCUGACCUUGUGUUCUAAAUUCCAACACUUUACUACCUCCUCCAAUGGUUAGUAUGAAAUGCCAGCAGACUGUAUGAGGUCUUUUUUUUUUUUAAUAUCAUUUUUAGUGUCAAUGAACCCAUUUCUGGAAUGUCUUAACAACUAUAUAUCUUAUCUUGAAAGUGAUUGGGAUUUAAAUACCACUAUUGGUGGUUUGUGCAUCAUCUCAUCUGAGUAAAGAUUUUUAGUAAUUGAUUUUUCUGCAGUAAUCCUACAAGCACUUGAAUGUAAAUCUUUAGCAUUUAUCCAAUUAGCCACUACUGAUGUGAAUCUCAAGCAACUUUUUUGCUUUAAAAAUGUUAUCUUUCACUGAGUUCUAUUUUUUGUGUAGCUAUAUUUGAUAUAGCUGUGUAUUCCUCACAGUGAGCAUCAAUUUUAAUAAUCGGUUCUUAAGUCUUUAGAAUAAUUUAAGAUUACUGCAUCUCUGUGAUUUGAGAGUUGAGUUAUAUAAGAAGUUGUUUUUCAGGAGGUGGGAAUUUGAAUCGUAAACCUGCGUCAUCUCUGUGAAACCUUAAGAUGAUGAAAUAGAACCUUUCUUUGUUCCUAUUCCUUUAGUUAUCACUGUCUUAUCUAACACUUUGCACCAGUUAACUCAGUUGGAGCAUGGUGCUAAUGAGGCUAAGGAUAGGAGUUCAAUUCUUUUAUAGGUUCAUUAACUUUACACAUACACAGAACUAUUCAUGGCCACAGAUUGCAACUUCUCGUAGGUAUGUAUCUCACAAUUCAGCUCUUGGUCACAAGGAAGAUGAUGUGUACGACAUAGCAUAAGCCUUUCAUCUCAAAUGGAAAGACAGCUUAAAUAAUUGGUAUAUGUGAUACUAUAGACUUUAAUAUUUAAAUUAAACAUAAUUAAUGUAAUAUCUAAAAUAUUGUGUCACUAUAAUUUUCUCAGGGUAAGACCAUUUCCUAAAUAGUAUCUUUUAAAAAUCAAAUUUCAAUAAAUUUCAGUAAAAAUUAGAUACAAAUACAAAUAAAACAUAGUAACAAAAGGUAAAAUCCUAUUAACACUGAGUUCUUGUGCCUCAGUUUGGGUUUGUUAAAGGAAAGUAUACUCAGUGCUGUCUAAGACAGCAAAAUCUUUAGCUCACAUACAUUAUUCAGUAUCACACAACUCCUAAUUUCUGUUCUUGGCGUUUGCGGUUUACAUUAGUAUCUACCUUUCUCAGUUACUGAGUUAUGAUUAGUAUUUUUAGUACGAUUUUUGGAUAAAAGAUGUUAAAUAAGUAAAUAUUGUUGAACACUUUGGUUGCUGUUAAGCUCCUCUCAUGCUAUGUAAUCAGAACAGUGUUGAUUUGAUCUCCAAAAAGAGCCAAAGAAAGUGUUUACAAAGUAUUUUGGCUGUUGUAUUGACCUAGAUUAGGACAAUUGCUGUCUGUCAUUGCUCAUUUAUUAUUGUGCUGCUAAGCAGUAUACAGAACUGAGGGACUACCCAACGUCUCUAUGCCUUUUUACCUCUUCUACCUUCUUAGGUAUUCUGUACUUGACUUUGCUAACUUUGCAGGUCUAGGGACAGGAAGUUUAUUGAGGUGAUGGAGGGUUAUAAUCAAGUAAUUUGCUUCUACUAGAAAUAAAGUGAAUGGAUUUUGUAAUGAGUGGUCAUGAUCAGAAUUAGGGUUAAAAGGAAGCAAGCAUUAUCAGAUGGUUUUUAAAAUUAAUCUUUUGGCAGUAAUUUCAGAAGUAGUUGACACAGAUUAUUUACUUGAAUCCUGAGAUGUGAGGAUUUGGAUAUAAAUCCUGUAUCCACUUUGGGAAAUCAUUAAUAUCAGCACUAAACUCUGAGGGCUACUGAUGAAUUAAAUCUUAAUGCCCUUGAACAUUUUUGAUACAUGUUAUGUCCUAAUCUUAAAAAUGGUCAUGUAGAUUCAGAGCUACAUUUCUGGCCUUUGAAAUAGGCCAACUCAGAACAUUUCUGUAUUUGGCAAGUUGAUAUAAUUAACAUUAAUGGAUGAUUUGAGAAAUUAUUAUUAGCUAUUAAAUGUUGAUAAUAGGAAUAAUAUUUAAAUAGUUACUUAAAUUACUUAAUCAAGGGGCUUGAAAAAGCAAAAUUUAAGUUAAUAUUUUAGCAGUCAUUCCCAGUUAUCUUUCUUCCUAUUUAAGAGCAAGAUGGUAAUGUCAGUUGCCUUUGUUGAUUUAAAGAAGAAAAAAAAAAAUCACAAGCAACUGAUUUAACUGGAGUGAUCCAUUUGGAUACACUACUUAUCUUUCAAUACGAACUUUUAUUUUCUGGAUUACUUCAAAUGGAAAUAAUAUUGCUGGACAUUUGUUGGUAGGUAUUUAUUUACUCCUAUUCAUUCUCCCUUAAUUUCUAAUUCUAACUAUGAAAAUUGUCAUAAAACUUUGUGACCAACUAUUCCUGCUCCUUUUUUAUUCUGUAACAAGAAUAUAGAAUAAAAAAUUCA